GCAUUUCUAACAAACUAUCGCAACGCUGAACAUGCGACACGCAAUCGGUUCAACUGCUCCGGGAGCCAGACCUCCCACGCGUUCAUACCAACUGCCCUCGGCGCUCGCUCUUAGCUUUGCAAUCCUGACCUUCCCAUCGUCUCAUCCAUGUCCAUUGCCGCACGAUCGCUGCUAACAGGCCUAGUCUUUGGCGUACUUCUUGCUCUUUUGUUGCAACAAUUGACACCCCACAUCCAAGUGCCGGUACAGAUUUCACGUGGGACUCCAACUAGUACUACACCGCUUCUAGACACGGACUCGAUGGCGCAAGUGCUUCGAAAUAUUGCUAGAAAGGUGGUGCGCGGGGCCGGUGGGAAUGGAUCAAACUACAAAAGCACUAUUGCUGCUUCCUCUUCCAUUCUACACUCCAAACCGACUCCCCUUACUUCUUCUGCUUCUUCUUUGAUACCCAGCAAAUUCUUCUCCACCACAUCACCAACCAUGGCUUCUUCGCAGCUCACAAAGUCGGUCAUCGAGGCCAUCAAGGAGCGCCGCACAUACUACCAGCUCAACAAGGAGGCGCCCAUCUCAGACUCCAAUAUCAAGGAGCUCGUCGAGCAGGCCGUUCUCCACGUCCCCUCCUCGUUCAACUCUCAGUCCACUCGCCUCGUUGUCCUGCUCAACAAGGACCACGAGCAGUUCUGGGACUACGUUGUCGACGUCCUGAAGCCUCUCACCCCUGAGGACAAGUUCGACGGCACCAAGCAGAAGAUCAACGGCUUCAAGGCUGCCUAUGGCACUGUCCUUUUCUACGAAGCCCCCGAGCCCGUCGAGAACCUCCGCAAGCAGUUCCCCCUCUACGCACACCACUUUGGCGACUGGUCCGAGCACACCAACGCCAUGCACCAGUACGCGCUGUGGGUUGCGCUCGAGGCUGAGGGGUUCGGCGCCAACUUGCAGCACUACAACCCCAUCAUUGACCAGAAGGCUGCCGAGCACUGGAGCAUUCCUCUUGAGUGGAAGCUCAGGUCCCAGCUUGUCUUUGGUGGCCGCGCGGGCCAGCCAGGCGAGAAGCAGUUCCAGAAGACAUUCGGCGAGAGGCUAUUUGUUCACGGCUCCAAGGAGUAGAAUAUAGAUGGAUGUUGCAUUAGCCAUUAGAUAGCGAAUCGAGCAUUUAAACUCA